CAUGUUCUUGGCCAGAAGUGAGACGAACAACAAAAACGAAAAAUAUUGUACAUAUUUUAUUAUUUUUUCAAAAUGUUUUUUUGUGUGUAAUUUAUUACACUAGUGGAAUGACGAACUAUAAUUUGUUAGAAUCUUCAUACUAAAAUGCCUCCGUUGUGGAAAUUGUUCAUCUUGGAUCCAAGCGAUAAAAAUUGAAUAUAUGAUCGUCUGCUUUACAAAUAAUAUAAAUAAUAAAUAAUAUUCAAAAUAUUGACUCAGAGAGGAUUAGUCAGAGACUUGGGCGCAACAAACGGAAGCCGAGAACACAUACAAGAGCUAAUUAAAUACGGGACGUAGCAUAAGUCCACUGAAUGCCAAACGCUAUCGGUUUCAGUGAAUUUAGCAGAGCAUUCAUAACAUUCCAUCAUAACUCUGAAUGAGCAACAACACAUACAUUAACCCAUAAACGAUAUUCGAUUCACAGGAAGUAAACAAACACAAUUAGUAUAAGAAAUUAAUUAAACAUACAGCAACAGCAAGAGCAACGGAAGAACACAUUCACCAAAACACAUAGAAAACAAAGGUGAUGAACAUUGAUAUAGACAAGCGGUGGAGGCGAUAUCACACAUUUCAGAUCUAAAAAAUAAUUGAAAUCAAUUGAAACCAUCGCGAUAAGCAUCCACUAUGAUUCGUUCUAACGGCGCCUGUGGGAAUAGCGGUGGUGGUGGUGCAGGAAUUGCUUCGACCAGUAUGGGUGGGGCUCCGGGUGGCGACGAUGGUUGCAUAUAUCCGGAUGAAGUUAUAAUGGAGAAAGGGGUGGCAUUCAAUGUGAGGUACACUGGCUGUAUCGAAGUGAAUACGUCAAUGAAAUCAUUGGAUUUCCAUACUCGUACACAAGUGGCCAGGGAAUGCAUAAAUCGGGUUUGCGAAGCAGCUGGCUUAAAAUCUGGAAAGCGCCGAAUGGAUAAAAAAAUUGGCCAGUACAUUGCAGAUCGUCCAUGCAUGGUGAAUGCUGGCACAAACGUAAUCAUUAAUGUGUCCAGUCGUUCGCUGAAUUUAAUUAAUGUUGAUACGGGAGAAAUAAUUGCUUCACAUCAAAUGCCUAGAAUAUCGUUUGCAUCUGGUGGAGAUUCGGAUACCCUCGAUUUUUUGGCUUAUAUAGCAAAAAAUGAAGACGAAUGGCGUGCCUGUUAUGUUUUGGAAUGUAUUGGCGGACAAAGUGAAGAUCUCAUAGUGACAAUUGGCAAAGCAUUUAUGUUGCGCUACAAUGCCAUCAGUCGCAAGGGACAUCACCAACAAACUUCGGAACAGUUUAACGAAACAGCAAUCAAGGGAAACGAUAAGGAAUAUUACAAUGAUUUACCAAAUAAAUUGCCUCCAGAUUUAAUGAACGACAUUGACCUACAAGACCAACAACAGUCGUCACAGUCAAUCCAAAAAGUAGCUCAAUUGAAUCUAAAGAAACCACGUGACCGUCUUAGUAGUAAUUUAAUAGACUUGAAUAGUCCACCACCAGAUCAGACAACUAACAAAAUAAAUCUAUGUUCGUUUGAUCCCAUGAAGGAGUGUGGCGGAAUGACACAGCCGCAGCAGCAGCCACCAGAUGUUUUUGAUAUACCACCUCUUUCAUUGUCCGCCGAAGUACAACGUUCACAAUUAAUGACUGAAUCUUGGUUCCACGGUUCCAUAAGUAGGCCUAUUGCUGAAGGUAUGCUAGAAAACGAUGGCGAUUUCCUGGUACGUGAAUCACAGGGCAAACCCGGACAGUAUGUGCUUACCGGUUUACAGGGUAAAACACCUAAACAUUUACUUCUCAUUGAUCCCGAGGGUAUUGUGCGCACAAAAGAUCGAAUUUUUGAAAGCAUCAGCCAUUUGAUAAAUUAUCAUUGGACCAAUCUGUUGCCCAUAAUCUCCGAAGAUUCCGAGCUUGUUUUGCGUACACCAGUAACGCGAGCAAGUCCAUCAGCCAUAUCCCAAACCACCCACACAAUGCCAGCCUCUCACAAUCACCAUGCCCAUCAUCCGCAUCAUCAUCAAAUACAAUCGUGUAAGGAAUAGACGAUGUUAAAUUAGAAUUUUUGAGAUUUUUCUAUUAUGUUUUUACUCUAUACUAAGGAAGAAACCCCUUAUAAAUAUGCAUAUUUUCUGAUAUCAAUGUAUAAACAUGUAUUGCAGCAUGAAAAACUAAAGAAGCAAAAAAAAAACUUAGUUUAAGAAACAAAAAGGACUAAAUUUACAUAAAAAAGUAAAAGUAAUGAACCAAAUCUGUGUGUUUGUGUGUAAAGUGUACGUAUACUUGUGUGUAAAGGUAUAAUAUAUAUAUAAAAAAAAAUCUUAAAUAUGAUGUAUUUUAUUGCAUUGAAUGUAUGUAGACCGAUAUGGCGAAUAAAUUUGAUGUAUGUAUUUAUUGAAAUAAAAAUAUUAAAAAUAAUUAUAUACAAGACAACCAAAAAAA